AUGAUUAAAGACACUGUUAUAUGUCGGGAAGUGUUUAAUCUAUUAACAAAGCUUUCAAGUGGAUGGCGUCGAGCACAGAAGGAUAAAGGAAUUAUAGUGCAUGAUGGGACUUGUGCUCAACUGUUAGAGAAGUAUAAAGUCAAUAGGCUGCUGAAUCUCAUUUGGACUGUAGACAUUCUCCAGCAGAAUUCGGAAUAUGUCCAGGUUAUGAAGGUUUGGGAUAUUGUGACACGUUCUGAUAUACCUAAACUAGCAAAGCGUCUUGAUAUCAUUAUUGGGAGUUAUACGGUGGAUAAGAUGAAUCGCUGCAAGCAUAAAUGCAUAGAAAGGGGCACUUUUGUUCCCAUAAGAUGGCCAGUGGAUCUGAGUAGUUGCCUUGAAGCUGAUCCUGUGGAGUUCCUUUCAAAACCAUUGUCUUCACUCGGUCUAACUGAUAAAACAGAAACACCAUCUUCAAAAUCUGGGGAGACCGCCAAAGCAGUGAAACCUCUCACACAAGGCCUUUCGACUCCCCAAAGUCGUUCCAAAAGCCGUGCUAAUCAAGGGAGAUCAUCCAAACUACAGGUUUGGAGACCAUGUAUUCCUUAUGAUUAG